AUGGCCAACAAGCGUGGCCUGCGAGUGGCGGUGGUGUGCGCCAGCAACAUGAACCGCAGCAUGGCCAUACACAACGUGCUGCUAGACAUACCGAACCUGCACGUGCGAAGCUACGGCAUCGCCAACAAGAUAUGCAUACCGGGCGACCAGCCGCACACCUCCAACAUCUACGACUUCGGCGUCACCUACGACGAAAUCUUCAAGGAGCUGAAGCAGAAGAACGAACGCGUCUACACCCAAAUAGGCCUGCUGCAGAUGCUGCACCGCAACCGUCAGCUGAAACCGAAGCCGGAACGGUUUCAGGACGCCCGCGAGAAGUUCGACGUGAUCGUGACGUGCGAGCGGAAGGUGUUCGACCGAUUGGUCGACUUCAUGGAGCACAAGACGCCGGAGGAGUUCACGAUUUGUCACGUGAUCAACGUGGACAUACAGGAUAGUCUGGAGGAGGCCAACAACAAGGCCUAUUUCGUGCGUGACCUGUGCAAAAGUUUGAGCUCCUCCCAGGACCUGGACUACGAAAUCAAGCACAUACUGAAGGCGUUCAAAGACAGCCACGGGCUGCCCUACAAUCACAAGAUCGUCUUCAAUUAA